AUGGGCUUUCGAUUUCGGCCUCCUAAGCAGGACCAGCGGGUGCUUCCGGUGAAGCCACCCAAGGGACACUUCUUCUUUGCUGGUCGCGAGUUCCAGCGUGUACCCUGGUGGAAGCGGAGCAACAUGCGUACGCUGUACAUCUACAUCGUUAUUCUGAUCCUUACCAAUACGGCCAACGGAUUCGACGGUUCCAUGAUGAAUGGUCUUCAGACCCUAUCGUACUGGCAAGAAUACUUUGACCACCCUCGUGGUUCCAUCCUCGGUCUGUUCAACGCGUCGAUGAGUCUCGGCUCGCUCAUCGGUCUUUUCAUCGUGCCCUAUCUGAUUGACUGGGCUGGCCGUAAGGUGGGCUUGUUCAUCGGUUGCAUCAUCAUGUUGUUGGCAGUCGGUCUUCAGUCCGGUGCUCGGAACUUUGGCAUGUUCGUUGCUGCGCGACUGAUCCUGGGAUUCGGUGACUGCAUCGUGCUAGGAAGUGCCCCCUUGCUCAUUGCCGAGAUCGCCCAUCCACAAGAUCGCGCUGUCUUGGUGACCCUCAGCGGAGCCUCGUAUCACUCUGGAGCAUUCAUUGCUAGCUGGGUGACGCUAGGCACCUUGGAGAUUGCGAGCGAUUGGUCCUGGAGAUUGCCCAGCUUACUACAAGGAAUCUGCACGGUAGUCAUUGUGGCUGGAAUCUGGUGGAUGCCCGAGAGUCCCCGUUGGCUCAUGAACAAGGGACGACACGAAGAGGCCCUGGAGGUCCUGGUGAAGUAUCACGCCGAGGGUGAUCACAACGACGAGUUUGUGCAACUCGAAUACUCCGAGAUCAAAGCCGCCAUCGCUCUCGAUAAGGAAAUCGGCCAAACCGGCUGGGCAGACUUCCUCCGGUCCAAGGGUAACCGGAAGAGAAUUGGGCUGAUCACUGCCCUGGGACUCUUCAGUCAGUGGAGUGGAAACGGAUUGAUCUCCUACUAUCUCAAGUAUGUCAUGGACAGCGUCGGAAUCACUGACCCGCAGACCCAGCUGGGCAUCAACGCUGGCAUGAAGACAGAGGGUCUGGUCAUGAAUCUUACGUUCGCCUUUCUCAUUGACAUUCUGGGACGUCGGCCCGUUUAUCUGGUAUCGACUGUGGGCACCUUUAUCGUCUUCAAUGUCUGGACGAUCGUGUCUGCGCGGUAUGAGAUCGCUCCCAACAAGGGUUUGGGAUACGCCUUUGUUUUCUUCACCUUCUUGUAUAGUGUGUUUUACGACAUCAAAUCUGGGUUAAUGGCCAACUACACCACCGAGAUCCUGCCAUAUGGACUCCGUGCCAAAGGCUUCACCUGGUUGAACUUCUGCGUGACCGCGGCCCUGUUCUUCAACCAGUACAUCAAUGCCAUUGCCCUAGAUGCGCUGGCCUGGAAGUACUACAUUGUGUAUUGUGUCUUUUUGGGAUUCGAAGUGUUCGUCAUCUAUACCUUCCUCAUUGAAACACGGUACACCCCCAUGGAGGAAAUCGCCAAAUACUUCGAUGGAGAGGACAGCGUCGAUGUGGCCGAGGUCGCUACUGCUGACUUGAAGGAGCAAGGGAUCCAGUCCACAGUGGACAAGGGGACGACUAUUCAUGUGGAAGCAAAGGAGUAG